AAUGAUGCUAAAAAUGAUGCCAAAAAUAAUAAAAAUUCUAAAGAUAAAAAAGAUAAAGUACCUGAUGAUGAUAAAUCGAAAGGGUCAAAACAAGUUGAUAAACCAAAGAAUGAUGAUAUUAUGGAACAAGAAUGUUAUGAAUGUUGGACUCGUAAUAGGUCGCUUUUACCAGCUUGUAAUGGAACAACCGAUCAAGAAUUUUCGGAAUUUAAUAAAUAUCCUGCUUCAAGAAAAGUUGCAAGCUGUUUAUGCGUAUUUGCUGAUAAUAUAAAAAUAAUUUUUGACAAUGCAUGUAGUGCUGUCUGUCCUGAUGAAAAAGUUGAAGCUGAUCUUUCUGCCAAAGCCAAGCAAUUCAAAGAAUCUUUUAAAUGUGAUGGUGAUGGAAAUUCUAUUUUAGGAAACUCUACAAUGAAUUUAGUUAGUGUAAAAGAAACUGAUACUUCAGCUGUUUCAAAAAACAUUAUCGGAAAUAAUUUACAUAUUGCAUCAUCAUUAAUAUUGGGAAUUGUUUCGCUCUUAUUCUUUGCUUAA